AUGGCGGAAGAGCUACACUGCGAUCUAGAUGAGAGCUCGCAUCACGGUGGUUCUGAUGCUGGCUCCAAAAGCAGUGCGGAUGAGAUUCACGACCACGGGGACGAGCUAAAAGAUGAUGUUAACGAAGCGGUUGCAUCAGAGAAGAUGGAAGAUGUUCUAGAUUUGGACUACGAUGAAGGCACUAAUCCAGCUCCUGAAAAAGGUGAUGAGGUUGAAGAAGGUGAAGAGGUGGAAACAGCUGAUGGACACGAGGAGGGCGAGGAAGUGGAAAGAGCGGAUGAGAAUGAAGAAGGGGAAGAAAGCUCUGAUGGAGAAAUAAAUGAUUCGAGCGACGAAAAUGAGAAGAAAGGUGACACUGAUAAAGAAGAAGGGGAAAUAGAGGAUAGCGAUGAAGGCGAAGGAGAUGUAGAUGUCCAAAAGUCCCGGAAAGUGCCUAUCGAAUCGCGUCUGAGUCGGCCUGUUGCCGCUCGUGAAAAGGUAGGGAAAUUGCGAGAAGCGUGUCCUUAUGAAGUAAAUGGUUCAUGUUCUUGGGGACCGGAUUGCAAAUAUUCGCAUCGAAGCAAGCCGCAGGAGAGCACCAGAUUGUUCAGCAGAUGUAAACCGGCGGAAGAAACAUCAUGGGAAAGGGGUCUACGAGAAGCUCGUGAAGCUAUGAGAAGAGCGUCAAAGAAGCGAGAGGAACCUGAAUUUGAGACGAAACGCUUGAAUGCUGCACCAACUGGGGAGCGAAUCAGAAAUGCCCGCGAUUCUGAUUCAGACGAAGGAUCCGUAUCGCAUAGAACAUCACCGCCAUCAACACGUCGACACAUACCAUCACUUUUGGAUAUUACAACGCUUGCGCCACCACGUUACCGUUCCUCACAAAAAGAUGGUGUUCGUAGUGCUACCCGUGGUUCGCCAUGCUAUUCUGAGGAUGACGACCGGCCAUACCAUUUAGACAGUGGAAGAUACAGAGAUGCAGGCGGGUACAGAGAAAGGAGAGAAAUCAAGGACUUGGGUCCACAAGUUCGAUACCCAUGUGGACGUCCAACACCUCGUCGAAACGAAGGGCGUCGAGGUGGAGGUGUAGAUAACAGCGGUCAACAAUCAUCACGUUCAGAUAGGAACAGAGAUGCGGUGCAACGUCAUAAGCGUGACAUACCAUCGGGAGCAAGUUCUGUAAAGUCAAACAAGGCGUCUAGAAUAUCUCCUUCUCUCGAUGCUUCUCCAAUUAGCAGUGAUUCCUCGGUUUCUCCUGAACGGAAAAAUAUCUCCGCAGUCAAUAACGACAAAAACGAGAGUAAAACGGGCAACAAAAAACCUGCAAAAGGUGGAAGUGCCAUGGGAAAUGUCACAGAUCCAUGGGCGCGCAAGAAAAAAACAUCCUCAACGAAAAACAAGGAAAGCGAUGGAAGGCGAGGUGGAAGAUCGUCUAGCAAUAGCUCAACAAGCUCAUCAAAUAGUAAUGAAAAAUUGAGACGUGCUGCGGCGGCCUCCGCGAGUUCUCGUCGGUCUCGCAGUCCUCUUCCAGCUAAGACGGAUAGACGGUUGUCGCCACCAAGAGGAGAUAUUACAGGAUUCCGUAUUCCUAAGAAACAUUGCUCAACCGAUAAUCGCAGUAGGGCAGCUGGCCCUCUGCGGUCGGAAAACAAACAGAAAACAAUGGAUUGUGCAUUUGGAAAGAAACCAUUUAAAGAGUCCAAGCGAAAUGAUGACCAUGACCCAAUUUCCGAUGAAGACCCGAUCGUGGACGGGAUUGACAGCCACGGUGCAGAGAACAUCAGUGAUUCUGAAUCUGCUCGUUCUGGCAGUCAAAUGUCUUCAAUCUCAUCUUCAUCAUCUACGUCCUCAAGAAGUCGAUCGCCUUCGCCGGCACUCCCUGCUAAGUACAGAACAACCGGUACGAUUGGCGAAGAUUCGCUGAGGAAUGCAUCUUCAGUGUCGAGUUCAGAUGAGGAUCAAAAAGCAGAUAGUCGCAGGAAAAGUUCCUCGAAAGAAAAACUGAAGGAAAAGUCAUCCCAGCUGCGGGAAAUUUCACCAUCGCCAUCUCCUCCACCACCUCCACCGCCAGACGAUGCAGCAAACCGCCGUCCUAAUCGCGACAAGUCUGUAACUCCACCUCCACCACCGCCUCCUUUACCGUUGAUCAAUGAAUUUGCUCUUGAAAGACAACAGCGAAAGCUACGAGAGGCUGAAAAACGAGUAGCAGAAGCAAGAACUAAGCGCGCACGAAGUCCGCCGAGGAAGAAAGCCAAAAAUAGUAACGAUGGUGAGAAGGAGCGGCGGAAACGGGAGCUCAUGGAGCAAUUGCGGGCUGUUGAGGCAGAAUUGAAGAAGAGAACUGCUGCCACCUCUGCAAUGUAA